AAUAAACACAUGCAGAGAGUGAAAUCUAGCCACAUCCGCAGCCACCGCCACCAGCCACACUUACCAAACCCGAUGACCGCCGAAUUUUGUUUUUCGGUCACAACCGACGGCUGACAGCUCUAGCGUACAGAGUCGGCGUCCCGUCGGUGACUCGGUUCGGCGGUGCGAUGAGACGGGACGAGAUGUACCAACUAUAAUUCAUAGCCACCCGAUUGGCUGUCAACCCUUCGCCGACCGACCGCACCGAUUACGUCACGGCACAUCACCAUUCUCGUUCGCAUUUCGCGCCCUUUCCACCCCGCCCUUUCCGCACCACCGCCCUCUCCAUCCACAAUGCCGCCCGCCCGCCUCCUCUCACGAGCGCCCUCCCUCCUCCGUUCCGCCCCACGCCGCCUCGCCUCCACCAGCACCAGAACCUCCCCUUCCCCACCAAAACUAACCACCGCCUCCGCGCGAACGCACUGCCUCUCUCUCCUGCGACACAGCGACCACUCAGCCUACAUCCUCUCUACCUUCCAGCCCCCGUCCGCCCGGGACGCCUUCAUCGCGCUGCGGGCCUUCAACCUGGAAUUAUCCUCCGUCGACAGCGUAACCUCCAAUGUCGCAGUCGGGCGGUUACGCCUACAAUUCUGGCGGGAGUCCAUUUCCGCCGUCCUUUCCCCCAUCUCCUCCGCGCGGGGUGUGGUGCCGGCGGAACCCGUCACAGCCCUCCUUUACAACUCCCUCCACACCGACGGCGCAAAGCUGAGCAAAUCGUUCCUGCACCGGGUCAUCGCGGCGCGGGAGGCAUAUCUGGGCGCGGCGCCGUUCGCGACGCUGGGUGAUCUCGAGGCGUACGCGGAGAAUACGUACGGCUCGCUGCAGUACCUCAACCUCGAGGCGUGUAAGCAAAGGAACACCGCGCUGGAUCAUGUUGGCAGUCAUGUUGGCAAAGCGGAGGGCGUGGUCGCGGUGUUGAGGGGGGUGCCGUUGCUUGCUGCGAGCGGGGCGGGAGGGGGUGGGGCGGGGGGAAGUGGGGGUGGGGGGCAAGGGGCGGUCGUCCUGCCCCUGGACGUGUGUGCGGAGUUUGGGCUCAGGCAGGAGGAUGUACUCCGCCGCGGCGGGGACGCGCCGGGGCUGAAGGACGCGGUUUUUAAAGUCGCGACGCUGGCGAAUGAUCAUCUCAUCACUGCGCGGAAGAUGCUGGAUGACGCGGGGGAGGCGGCGAGCGGCGCAGCGUUCGCGUCGUUUUUGCCCGCGGUCCCGACAACACUCUACCUCGAGCGCCUGGAAAAGGCGGAUUUCAACCCGUUCGCGCCGGCGCUGAUGCGGCGGCAGUGGACGCUGCCGUGGCGGGCGUAUCGGGCUUACACUACCAAGAAAUUCUAG